AUGCCCUUUCGGUGGUCUUGCCGUAACGAUAUCUUGAUUGUGUUGGGCCUCAUACUCUCACUUUACCCUGUCGAAGGCUCAGAGCCUACCCCGAUCGUUGCGACAACAAGUACUGACUUCUUUGGUUACGAUGGCCUGUGGUCCGCCAUCAGCAUACGGGUCGGGUCGCCCGAGCAAUAUCUUUCCGUGUUUCCGAGCACACUGAGUCAGGAGACAUGGGUAGUAGGUCCCGCGGGCUGUGACGGGACCUCGAUCUGUGAGAAUAAAAGAGGGGGGUUGUUUUCCGCAAAUGAGUCGUCUUCUUUCAAGGUUCGAGGAUUUUAUGAGCUCAACUUCGAUCCUCAGCUGGGCGGCAGUGGAUAUGGAUAUUAUGGCUUGGAUACUCUGUCUCUCAACGAUGCAAUCUCUGUGCCAGACCAAAUCGUGUCCGUGGUCAAUUCGACCGACUACUGGGUCGGUACCUUGGGGCUUGGAGUUCAGCAGACUCGCUUCAGUGGCUCCGAGGCCAUCUCGCCGCUCCUGUCGAGUCUGAUCCAGAAGCGCAACGAUAUCCCGAGUCGCAGUUACGGUUAUACCGCAGGAGCAGUCUAUCGGUUGAAAAGUGUUCCGGCUUCAUUGACCUUAGGAGGGGUUGAUGCGAAUCGAUUCGUGCCGAAUGACAUGAGCUUCACGUUAAGCCAGGACUAUGCUCCGAUCGUUGCUGUCAAUUCGAUAUCUGUCUCAUCAGGCGCCGACUCUUUACCUUCAAAUUGGGAUUCCAACCCUCAGACGCUGCUAGAUCUGUCUCAAGCCGACUUAUUUACCAUUGACUCGUCAACUCCGUUUCUUUGGCUUCCGGAAUCAGCUUGCAACGCUUUCGCAAAUGCUCUAAACUUGACCUACGAUGACACUUUACAACUCUACCUCUUCCCCUCUAGUAAUACAUCAUCGCCCAGUGCUCUCAGUGCAUGGAAUCUGACCUUUACAUUCACAUUGAGCAAUUUGCCAGGCUCAUCCGAUGAGAUUACACUGACAUUACCGUACGAUGCGUUCAACCUUCAACUGACGUAUCCAUUCCCAAAUCUGGCGGCGAACUUUACCUCUGCUCCUACAAACUAUUUUCCUCUACGCAAAGCAGCCAAUUCCACACAAUAUACCAUUGGUCGAGCCUUCUUGCAAGAAACCUAUCUUACAGUUGACUACGAACGCAAUAACUUCUCCAUCUCACAAGCAAUAUUCACUUUGGACGCCGUCAGCAAUGUCAACCUCCUGGGAAUUUCCCGACCCGAAGGCAGCACAUGGCCAGGACCUCCAGGAUCUGGACUGUCGACAGGCGCCAAGAUAGGGAUUGGAGUGGGAGCUGGAAUCGGGGCUUUGCUUGCAUUGGCACUGGCUUGGUGGUUUUGCUUCCGGAAGAGGGGCGUGUCAGGCAAUGCUGGUACCGAGAAAGAGAAGAGACGGUCACUGCUCAGUCGAUUGCAGAGGAACCCCGACUCGAAGACUUCUGUUUCUGAACUGCUGGGGGACAAACGCCAGCCGACUGAGGUGCCUGCAGAUCCAUCGGUCAGUCGGUUCGAGCUGUCGGGCAACACGCCCAUUGAAAUGCCUGCUGGUCCUGUCUCUCCGAGCUUCUUCGAGGGCAACGAUGACCCGCGUCGGGGCUCGGCGCUCAUGAGGAACGACCCAAGAAGACCGGCAGAGCUUGAGCACCAGCACUCGGCAAAUAAGGCAGUGGAAGCCGCGGCCGCAGCCGCAGCAAGCGAAAGAUCAGGCUCGCCGGUGCCCCCAUAUUCACCGGCGGAGAUCAAUAAUCGCUUCAGCAACAGUGUUAGCCCUUAUAGUGUCAGGCACAGUCAAGCAUUUGGAACUGUGUCAUCCGACGACCAGGGCAUCAGUCCUGUGGGUGCUAGCCACGGUGGCUACUCCCGGCGAUCGAGCAAUACCAUCAGCAGGAGUAUGUCUAGUCCAAUAUCGCCAGAGAUGGCAUCAAGAUCACAAGCGCAGUUGUCGCCGGGGGGGAGUCCCAGCCCCACAACGAACACCAGCCGUGGCAGUCUUUUGGUACCACAGCUGAACGGACGUCCUCCCUCACGCUCUCCAAGUUCUGGAAGCAGGUUUGUCGAGGAAGGGCUGGGCACUGUGACGGAAGAACGUUCUGCUGGCCCACCUGUGCGAAAGGCUCCCCCAGAAGACAGAUUCAGCUGGGAGCAGUGA